UCAGGGAACUUUGAUGGCCAUGGCAGGACCUUGAUUUUGUGGUCAGUAAACCAUUUUUGUGUUGAUUUUGAUGUAUGUUUUGGAUCACUGUCCUGCUGGAUCCAACCAUGGCCCAUUUGUAGCUUUCUGGCAGAGGCAGGCAGAUUUUCAUUUAAUAUCUGUUGAUAUUUGAUAGAGUCCAUGAUGCCAUGUGUCCUAACAAAAUGUCCAGGUCCUCUGGCAGAAAAACAGCCCAAAACAUUAAAGAGCCACCACCAUAUUUAACCGUGGGCAUGAGGUACUUUUCCAUAUGGCUACCUCUCUGUGUGCGCCACAACCACCUCUGGUGUUUAUUACUAGAAAGCUCUAUUUUGGUUUCAUCAUAGAACCCGAUCCCAUUUGAAGUUCCAGUAGUGUCUGGCAAAACGAAGAUUCUCGAGUUUGUUUUUGGAUGAGAGUAGAGGCUUUUUUCUUGAAACCCUUCCAAACAAAUUGUGGUGAUGUAGGUGACUUCGGAUUGUAGUUUUGGAGACUUUCUGACCCCAAUACGCAACUAACUUCUACAUUUCUCCAGCUGUGAUCCUUGGAGAUAUUUUGGCCAUGCGAACCAUCCUCUUCACGGUGCGUUGAGACAAUAUAGACACACGUCCAAUUCCAGGUUGAUUCAUAACAUUUCCAGUUGACUGGACCUCCUUAAUUAUUCCCCUGAUGGUGGAAAUGGACAUUUUCAAUGCUUGUGCUAUUUUCUUAGCGCCACUUCCCAUUUUGUGAACUCAGCAACCUUUUGCUGCACAUCACAGCUAUAUUCCUUGCUCUUACCCAUUGUUAUGAAUGACUAGGGGAAUUUGGCCUAUGUGUUACCUCAUAUUUAUACCCCUGUGAAACAGGAAGUCAUGGUUGAACAAUUUCCCAUUCCUACUCACCCAGGCGUACUAAAUUUUUAAAAAAAUAUCAACGGGAAUAUACUUCAAAUAUAUUUUUUCUCAUAUGAAUUCAUAGGGGUGCCAAUAAUUGUUGCACUCCUUUAUUUCUACCUGCAUUUCUUUAAACCCAAAGUUAGAUAAAUGAUAAUGAGGAGAUAAAAAGGAGGAGAAAGAAGAGGAGAAUGAAGAAAAAGCAGAAGAUCAAGAGUAGAAGAAAAAGAGAUGUAAAGUAAAGAAAUUAAAGAAAGGGAAAGAAAAUAUAAAAAAGAAAAGAAAAAAUUAAUUAAAGAAAAGAAACUAAAUGUAAAGAAAAGAAAGAAAAGGGAGGAAGAAGGGAAAAGAAGAAGAUAAGAGGAAGAGAAGGAAGUAAAGAAAAGGAGAAGUGAAAGAAUGGCACGGAAGAAAGAAUAAAGAAAUGGAUCUAAACACUGUGAUUAUUGUAGAUGUCACUCGUUAGUGCACUGAGCUGUAUGUAGUAAGUGUUUAUAAGGACCCUGUAACUGUAGCGGAGGAGAAACUGCAAUAAAAACCUGAAAGAACAGAAAAGGAAAAAAAGUAAAGAUGGAAAAACAGACAGAGAAAAAAAGAGUGCGUGAGCCAGCGGUUUAUAAAACUAUGCCAGAAAAAGAGAGAGAGAAUGAAAGAAAGAGAGAUGGAGUGUGCAUGUGUGUGUGUGUGUGUGUGUGUGUGUGUGUGUGUGUGUGUGUGUGUGCGUGUGUGUGUGUGUGUGUGUGUGUGUGUGUGUGUGUGUGUGUGUGUGUGUUAAAGCCUCUGUGGGGCUGCGAUCCAGAGUUCAGCACUCUGAAAUGAAAAAAAAAAGAAAAGUACAGAAGGAAGACGGGAAGAAAAAAGAGAUAAACAGUAGUUUCAGAUUAAAGUCAGAGUGAUGAAGUGAUAAAGUCAUGGAGUGAUCAUCACAUCAUCUCAUCAUCUCAUCAUCUCAUCUCAGUCCAGCACAGAAAGAUGGCAAUGUUAGAAGUUAAAAUCCACCAACACACACACACACACACACACACACACACACACACACACACACACACACACACACACACACACACACAGAGAGAGAGAGAGAGAGAGAGAGAGAUACAUCAACACAUUCCUCAACCAAGCUUUGUGUGAUUUCAAAUUCAAUAUAAUCAAAAAACGUUCUCUCUCUCUCUCUCUCUCUCUCUCUCUCUCUCUCUCUCUCUCUCUCUCUCUCUCUCUCUCUCUCUGUGUGUGUGUGUGUGUGUGUGUGUGUGAGAGAGAGAGAAUUUCCUGCUCUUUGUCAUUCCGUGUCUCACCUGAAGAGGGCGCAAGACUCCGUAUAUUUUCGAAACACAGACACAGAAAUCUCAUUUUGUACAAAUUCAGAUUUUUUGUUUAUCACAUAUUCAUUUAAGGUGAAUUUAAAUAUUUAAAUAUUAAGCACAUUAGUCUCGUGUGUGACAUCAUAUUUAAUAUUAAUCAAUUAAUUUGUUUAGUCAUUUGUGAUUUUUAUGAAUUAUUUUGUAUUUACUUUAUUUCCCGUCCCACAGAAACCCGGGCAAAUCAUUAUUAAUAUCCAAUAUUUUGUAUCGUGGAAUUUGUUUGUUUGUUUGUUUGUUUAGUAUUUAUGUGUUACUUGUUUUGACUUUAUUGAGGUUUGUAUUUAAUCAAUUACAGCAUCAAUCACAAUUAUAAUAAAUAAAUAACAACAGUAAUACUUUCAGUUCUAAUAAACAUGUUCAUAUAGUGUUAUAAAGCAUUCAUAAUGUGUUAUACACAACACGCCUUGUUUAUUUACAUUUAUACAUUUACAUUUAUUCACUUAGCAGACGCUUUUAUCCAAAGCGACUUACAAAUGAGAAAGAUACAAGCAAAGUUUAUGAAGCUCUUAUUUUAAUCAUGUCUUUAUUUAGUCUUUAUUUGAUUAAGUUUGUGUGUAAAUGUAUUACGUUUGUGUGAAUCAAACUGAAGUAAAAUUUUCUGCCAGAUUUACAAAAGAUUUUGAAGGAAAUUGAUUUACAUUUCUUCAUACUCUUGUUGAUCCCCGACACGGCUAGACAUGGCUCAUUUGCAUGUAGUGACACCCACAAAACUCCAUAAAAGGUAACGCGCACAGGCAGCUGGGAGCACGAAAUGAACAAUCAGGGUGAAGACUGAAAAACAGAAGUGGAGGUUAUUUAGACUCACUUUUAUAGCAAUAAAUAUAUUUAAUAAUAAUAAUAAGUGACUGCUAAAUCCUGCGUCAGCUGAGAUGAUUGUUUACGGCUCUGCACAGACAGACAGACAGACAGACAGGCCCAACCUCCGUUUAUACACCGCCGUUUCUUUUAUCGUAACUGAAUGAUUUGUUUGAUUUAUUUUAAUUUAUGGGUGCGUGUCGGCUCACUUUCUUUAUUUUAUAUGUUCUUUAAUUAAAGACAGUAAAAUAAAGCGACUGGUUUUCACUGAACAUUCUGGACGGAGCUCCGAGUCCCCGAGCGAGUGAACUAGCAUGAGGAUGUGUUUCUGAUUGAGACUCCAAAGCUCUCCUAGAAGUCACUCUGGAUAAGGGUGUCGGCUAAACGCUGUAAACAUAAACAAUUUUUUACUCUACAUUAUGUGCCAUGUUAACUUUUCGUGCAUUUUUAUAUACAGUACUGUGACUUAAUGACUUCUACAUUAUCGAGUCGGUACAAAAACAUGUUAGAUUCCAAACAUUAGUUUUCCAGCACAAAAUGAAAUGUUCCAGGAAAAUGUUUGUACGUCAGUAAAGAAAGCGGUGUAUUAAGAGGUAAGAGACACUUUUCAGACAAAAACCAGAAUAAAGGUGCUGAGUUUCGCUGCAGAAAUAAGAAAUGAUUGUGAGAAUCUCCAGAAGAACCGGGACUGGUUCUGUACGAUGCUCAGUAACACUUCCAGCUCAUUUCCUUAUAAAACUGCACACACUGUACCUGACAAUACUAAUACACUGUUUUUAAUCAAAGGCUCAUCACACCUAACAUUGACUUCAUUUAUUACUGUUUACUGCUCUUUAUAGUAUUUAUUUUCAUGGAGAAAAAUUUAAUUCCAUUAUUUUUGAAGGCAUCAUUCCACAACAGCAGUUCUGUGCAUGUUCCUAAGUCAGAUCUGUACUUCAUCUUUUUAGUGCUGAGUUCAAAAAGAGUGAAGGUGUGAAUUAUAAUGAAGCCUACUGUUUAUUUAUAAGUUUUUUGUGACUGUCAGCUGCAGCUGGAUAACGAAAACUAUAAUAAACAUGAGAGAGAGAGAGAAACAAUGAGCGAGUGACAGAAACACACACACACACACACACACACAUACACACACACAGAAACACACAGAGAGAAACAGAAAAAAGAUGGAGAGAGAGACAGAAAAAAGAAAGUGAGACAGAGAGAGAGGGAAAAGAAUGAAAGAGAGGCAGAAAGAGGGAUUGUAUGUUUACAUUUUUAAAACCCAGGAAAACGAGAGUGAUAGAAAGUUUUUGUCCAACAAGACAAGCUUCCGCCUCUCUCUCUCUCAAGUCUCUCAAGUGGGCGGAGUCAGACGUCUUGUCUCAGUCUGUCCAGCAUUUUCCUCCUGCUCAGAGACUGCUGUAAAGUUUUAUAGCUGGUUGUGCUCUUUUUUUUUUUUUCGGAGUGGUGCUAAUCCAGUUCCUGAGGAAGAGAAGAAGAACAAAAGAGGAGGAGGAGAAGAGAGGAUGGUCAGUGUGUCAGAGAGCUACAGAACUGGAUAACUGUACACAAACUGAAGAAGUGACAGCAGACCAGAGCACCUCUCUCUCUCUCUCUCUGAGUGUUGGAUUUUGGGAGCAGUAAUUCGAUCUUGAGGCUUUGUUUUCAUUUUAAAGUUGUGUUGUGUCACAGAGAGAGAGAAGAAGGAGGAGGAGGAGGAGGAGAAGAAGACUGAAGUUCAGGAGAAGUUUGACUCACUGCUGUCUUAUUUUGGUGAAACUCCAGGAAAGUCAGACGUUCAGUAGACGUUUCCUUCACUGACUGCUCGUGUCAGAAGUCCAAAGAAUCUUCUUGAAUGUCUUGUUUAUGACAUUUUGUUUUGUGAAGACGUGUGAACCUCAGGAGGUGAUUCAACUCGAUGUCCUGCUCGAGAGAUUUGAGAAACUGGAUCUGCCUAGACGUCUGACGUUUUUCUUUCCAUUGAUGCUUUAGACUGUUUUAUUUUUAAAAAAAUUUUGUGUUUGUAAAAGCUAAACCAAAAAAAUCCCAUUGCUAGAAAUUUCAUUUCCAUCACAUUUUUUGGAUACUCUGAUCUGAUUGGAUGGUCUUGGUGAACGUAGGCAUGACAUUCAGAUCUUCUCAGAUACUUUUUAGUCAAAGGGUGAGAUUAGAACGUUACUUUAAAGAAGAACAGUGAGACCCAACUGAGAUUUUAUUUAAUACUUUGACACAAAGAGUAAUUUUUUUUUUGCUUUGAAGAGCCUGAACUUGUGUAGAUGCUUCACCUUGAACUUGUUGUUUACUGAGCAGCAGAACUGAUUGGACUCAGACUUCAGAUCUUCUGUUAAUGUGUGUUUGUGGUGCCAAAACUUUAAAUUGAAGAAGAAGUCUUCUGUGGAUGUUUCAUUUUUCAUUUUUCCAUAGCUAGUCCUAAAGCAAGAAGAAGAAGAAGUAGAAGAAGAAGAAGUAGAAGAAGAAGAAGUCUUGCUGUCCUGUUGGAUGAGAAACAGAACUGAUUGGAUGGUUUUUAUUUCACAUUUGAUUGACAGCGGAUUCUUCUCUUCUGAGAGAGAACUCCAGAAGACGUUCCGUGUUCUACUGACCUCCGUUCUCUUUUGCCGAGAGCCGGGUUCUCAUGUAGAACUGUCGUUUGUGGCUGAAUUUAGGACGCUAUAAGGACGUUUGGUCAGUAAUAACGUCAUGUUUGACUACGUGGAGACGUUAGGUGUCGGUUCAAGGCCUCAUUUCGACGUGUCCUCUCAGAGUUCCUGCAUGUUGAGGAAGACGAGCUCUUUCUUCUCCGGUCCAGAAGCAUUCUGCUACAGCGCCGGACUGCAGUCGGUGGAGACUCGCAGUACAAGUUCUGAGGAGAUGAUUCCGAGUUCUCCGUCUCCUCCUCCUCCUCCUCGAGUGUAUAAGCCAUGUUUUGUUUGUCAGGACAAAUCGUCAGGAUAUCACUACGGAGUCAGUUCCUGUGAGGGCUGCAAGGGUUUUUUCCGGCGCAGUAUUCAGAAGAACAUGGUCUACACCUGCCACAGAGACAAAAACUGCCAGAUCAACAAGGUGACACGGAACCGCUGUCAGUACUGUCGCUUACAGAAGUGCUUCGAGGUGGGCAUGUCUAAAGAAGCGGUGAGGAAUGACAGGAAUAAGAAGAAGAAGGAUGUGAAGGAGGAGGUGGUUUUGCCAGAAAGCUAUGAGCUGAGUGGAGAGCUGGAGGAGUUGGUGAAUAAAGUCAGUAAAGCACACAGAGAAACGUUUCCCUCCCUGUGUCAGCUCGGAAAAUAUACUACUAACUCGAGUGCAGAUCACAGGGUUCAGCUGGACUUGGGUUUGUGGGAUAAAUUCAGUGAACUUUCCACUAAGUGCAUCAUUAAAAUCGUGGAAUUCGCCAAACGUUUGCCGGGUUUCACUUCCCUCACCAUCGCAGACCAGAUCACACUGCUUAAAUCUGCCUGCCUCGACAUACUGAUGUUGAGGAUUUGUACGCGUUACACACCCGAGCAGGACACCAUGACCUUCUCAGAUGGUUUGACUCUGAACAGAACUCAGAUGCACAAUGCUGGAUUUGGGCCUCUGACUGACCUGGUCUUCUCCUUCGCUGAUCAGCUGCUUCCUUUGGAGAUGGACGACACCGAAACUGGACUCCUGAGUGCCAUCUGCCUUAUCUGUGGAGACCGUAUGGAUUUGGAGGAGCCUCAGAAGGUUGAUCAGCUCCAGGAGCCUCUACUGGAGGCGUUAAAGAUCUACGCGAGAAGACGACGCCCCAAUAAACCGCACAUGUUCCCUCGAAUGUUGAUGAAAGUCACUGACCUGCGGGGAAUCAGCACUAAAGGUGCGGAACGGGCGAUCACACUGAAGAUGGAGAUUCCCGGCCCGAUGCCUCCCCUCAUCCGUGAAAUGCUGGAGAACCCAGAGGUUUACGAGGAGAGUCUUCCUCCUCCCGCCAUCCAGGUCAUUAAACAAGAGAGGGAUGAGCACUCCACCCCUGAGGAAGAGGAGGAUGAGGAGGAUGAAUGCGCAGAGGAGGAGAGGGAGAGAGGAGGAGACAGCGAGGAUGAUGAUGAGUGGAGCAUCCUGCAGGUGGACGUGGGGGAGAAGAAGAAGAACACGACGGGUAGAGCGCAGUGAUACAAUCGACGUCUGGAUUUUCUUCACACACACACACACACACACACACACACACACACACACACACAAACACAUAAACAUACACACACACACACACACACACAGAGUCAGGUCCAAAAGUCUGAGUGUGCUAGCAAGAGUUUAUUUCAGCAGUUCUUAAACUCUAAUCACACAUUUUCCCUCAGAUUUGCCUCAGUAAAGAUAAUCUAGCUAGCGUUAGCAGUGAAAAUGACAAGAAUGUAUGAAUAUAACAUGAAAAUCCUCUCAGAAAUCCUGUCAAAUUAGCUUGUAUUAGCCUGCUAGCUAGCAUUAGCAGUAAACAUGUCUGAAUAUAUCCUCUCAGAUAUCCUGCCAAGCUGUUUGCGUUAGCUAGCAUCAGCAUUGAUGAUUAAAGACAUUAAAUAUAAAAUUCCUCUCAGAAAUCCUGUCAGGUUCGCUCAUGUUAGCCAGCUAGCUAUCAUUAGUACUGAAAAUGUUGAACAUUUAUGAAUAUGAAAAAUCCUCUCAAAAAUCCUGCCAAGCUGUUCAUGUUAGCUAGCUUGAUAGAAUCAACACUGAUUAUUAGAGAGAUGUUAGCUAGCUAGUUAGUGUUAACAAUGACGAUGACAAAGAUUUAUGAACAUUAUUUAUGAUUUAAAAUUCCCUCAGCAGGUGAAAAGUAAAUAUUUAUGAAUAUGACUUUUUAGAAAUCUUCUCAGGUUAGCUCAUGUUAGCUAUCCAGUUAGCAUUAGCAGGGGAAAAAAAAUAAACAUUUAUGAAUAUAACUCAAAAAUCCUCUUAAAAAAUCCUGUCAGAUUAGCUCAUGUUAGCCAGCUAGCAUUAGAAGUAUGUUAGUUCAUAUAAGCUAGCUAGCAAGCAUUAGCAGUGAACAAUAUAAACAUUAUACUAAAAGAUAAACUGAUUAUGAUGCAGUUAUGUCCUGUCAGAAAUUCUGUUACAAUAUUCCAUAUUAGCCAACUAGCAUUUUGAAAAUGUAUUAAUAUGAUUCAACUCCUCUUUGAAAUCCUUAAAGUUAAAGCAUGCAGUUGGCAUUAGCAGUGAAGACAACAAGAAUAUAUGAAUGUAACAUAAAAAUCCUCUCAGAAAUCCUGUCCGUCUAGUUCAAUAGCUGUCUAGCUAACAUCAGCGGGGAGGGGGAGUGUGGGGGGGAAGUAAACACAUAUGAAUUUUACUUGAAAAUCCUGUCAGAAAUGUUGUCAGGUUAGCUCAUAUUAGCUAGCUAGUAAGCAUUAGCAUUAAAGAUGAUAAACGUUUCUGAAUAUGAUACAAAUCCUGUGAGAACUCCUAUUAGGUUAGUUCAUAUUAGCUAGCUAGCUAGUGUUAGCAGCAUUAGCAUUAGUGCUAAAGAGCAGGAAUAUGACUCGCUGUAUUAGUUUUUGAUAACCGAUGAAAUAAAAACAGUUCUUGGCUGUGCUCUGAGUCACUGAAUGUCACGUGACGUCAAUUAUUUUGGAUUUAGCCAUCGGAGGGGAAAACCAGCCAUUUUUCAAGAUGGUGGACUGAAAAAACCCCAAAGUGACAGAACAAGUCGGAAAAAAAACCCAAAACAUUUGUUCUUUAAAGGAAACUGUCCUUUUGUCUGAGCAAAAUUAAACCAAAGAAGGAAAGUCAGAGGAUCGCACCAUCAUUCUGACAUGUUGAAAUGCAGAUUUUUAAAAAAGAAAGAAAGAAAGAAAGAAAGAAAUAAAGAAAGAAGGAAAUUCCUCACAUUGUGACAGAAAUGAGUUUACAGCUUCAUGCCUAAAUUACAAUGAAUAUUAAUCCAAGAAUCUACAAUCUGGCAACUAUAAAAGCUGGAUUAAUAGUUCUUUUUUCUGGAUAUUGUUUCAUUUUAUCUAAGAUCAGCAGCUUGUUUUCUUCAGUUUUUUUUUCUUUCCUGAAAGUGUUUUAAGCAUCGCUAUGUGUUCACAAUAGAGAUGCAGUCAAGUGAAAUCUAGGGUUUAUAUUCGGGCAAAGUCGAGUUUUAAGCCAACAGUAAAAUUCUUUGGGGCUUUUAUCUUUUUUUUGUUGUUCUUUUUGUUCAAAUUUCAAGUUGUUUUUUUUCCCACCAGCACACCUGGUUUGAUUUUGUAUUUUACUGACAUUUAUUUUAAAAUGACAGACCUUCACCUGAGCAUAUUUUCAAACUGGAAAAGAAUUCUGACUUUUUUCAAUAGUAAAAACAAAACAAAACAAAACAAAACAAAACGGUGUUAAUGAGACUGUAUAAAUAUUUCAUGUAGGAAUAUUGGUAUGUUAUUAAGCUAGGACACUCAGGGCACUAAAAGGACCAAAUAUCCUACAAUAUCCAGCUACACAUUCAUUUUUAAAACUAUAAGACAUUGUAUUAAGAAUGUAUUCAUAAUUCCAGUAAGAAUCCUAAGCCAUAUAAAUUAGCAAACGCUGGUAUUUUGUCUAAGUGAAAUUUAUUAUGCAAUGCUUAUACUAAAAAAUUGGUUAAUAUUAGCUAGCUCAUUAGCGAGCAGGGAUGAUUAUUCAUAUUUUUGAACAUAAACCUCUCAGAAAUCUGGUCAGGUUAGCUCAUUUUAGCAACAUUAUCAAUUCAAAUUACGUUAGAAAUCCCAUCAGGUUAGUUCAUAUUAGCUAACAAGCAAGCAUUAGCAGUAAACAAUGUAAACAUUAUAAUAUAAACUGAAUAUGAUAAGUUCUGACCUGUCAGAAAUCCUGUUAGUCCAUAUUUUAGUCCAUAUUAGCCGAUUAGCUAGCAUCGCAAAAAUGUAUUAAUAUGAUUCAAUUCCUCUCAGAAAUCCUGCGAAUUUUUUUAAACGCUGCCAAAGAUGUUCUUUAACUCAGAUAGAAGACAUUGUUUUAAGAUAAGAAUCCAAAGACAUAAAUUAGCAAAUGUUGAUGUUUAGCGUAAGUGAAUUUUAUUAUAUGAUGCGUAUCAUUACGUGCGAAAUAAUAAAACACACAGUGCCUUAGUGGAUCAUUUCAUAGUUUAGCGUCACAUUAAACGUGAUAAACAUGUUACUGCUCAUUGCAGUCACAUUAUUAUCAUUAUUUGCUGUUAGCCAUUUAUUUGCUAACUAUUUCCAACUGAAUCCAUCCUACACCGUUAGCUACAUUGAGAGUUUUGCUAAAUCUUUUCUACAUUUGCCACAUUAGCUUAUUUGGCUAUAUUUGUGCUAUAUUAUUUGUUGCUUUUUUAUUGCCUAAAUCCACACACACACACACACAUAUAUGUAUAUAUUAGCGCUAAGUAAAAUUGCAGUGUUCGUAACGUCUCUUCGGUUUUAUUCUGUAUGCACUGAUAUCCGGAGUUAUGACAGGGUAAUUAUGGCCUGCAAUUUCUGCACAUAUUACCGGUAGCUAUUAAAAACGAUGUACGCUGCUAAUCCAUCCUGCGUGUGCUGCGGCUAAAUUACAGUGAUGUGUCAGUAAUAUCGUGAUGUAGCGCUCAUCUAGACUGAAUCGGAGCUUUGUACUUUGUACCAAAGCCAUUUCUAUACUUUUUGUGUUUGUAUAUUUGUGUGUGCUAAGAAGUUAACCCUCUAUAAGUAUUUCUGUCAUUUAUAAAUGAUAAAAUAUGGUCCAACAAUUCAACCCAAUCAAACUCCAUAAAAAUGAUGUUUAUUUUCAUGACUGAUCUUAAAAAUUACUUGAAUUUAUGCAACAGAUUUUGUCACAUAAAGGAAAAGUGACACAGCAAAUUAGAUCUAACUAACUAUAGAUAGCAAAAAAAAUAAAUAAAGUCUUAACCCUUUGUUGGAAUUUAUUUACAUUUAAUAUAAUGUCAAUUUACAUAUAUACAUUCAAUAAAUUAAAGGUUUUUAAAUGACCUACUUAUAUCCACUAAAGUCCAAAAUGAAUUAUAUAGCAAUUCAAAUAAAAUAAAGUAAAAUUAAUUACAAAAUUUUAACAGUGUCAAAAAGUAAUUUUUGAAAAAUUCAUGGUGAAACUUGUAAAUAAAAAAACAAAAACAUUUCAGACAAACACACUUCAUGUCACUUGGAGGAAAAGAACUAAUGUCAAUCUUUAGUUUUAUAUUUCACAUUUUUUUAUUUUGAUAGAUAAAUUUUCUUUAUUACAACCCAAAUCUUUUGUUAUGUGUAUAAACGACAAAUUCUUAUGAAGGGUUAACAAUUUCAUACAAAACAUUGGACUAACAUGUGCACACAUACACACACACACACACACACACACACAGGACACACUCAGACCUCUGAAAACAUCUUCAUUCAGGUGAAAAGGAGAAACAUCACACGGUGAAUCCGUGACGUUUUACACAUUUUUGAUUGCUUUUUUGAUGCAAAUGUAGCAAUGAAACUGCAGCUGGGUUUUUUUUUUAUGCUAAAGCAAAUUAAUGUGUUUAUACCGAUUCUGAGAAAGUGUGUUUAGUCAGAUCAAUAGUUUAGUGUUUAUCUGUUGUGCAUGCAGUUUUUAUUAUUAUCACGAUGAACAUUGUUGUUAUGGAUGUAGACUUUAUUUCUCAUGAAGAAUUUGCGCUCUGUGUUUUGGAUAUUUUUUAAAAAAAAUUUUAGUAAUUUUUUUCGUGUCUUUUAAAAAAUAUAUAUUUUUAUGCUUCUUAAAUAUUCAAAGUUAGAAUUGCAUCUGGUGUUUAUUACAUGCAGAAUAAUAUUUAUGCUUCUGAAUAUUUUGUUUUAUCUUACAUAUCACCAAAUUCAGGGAUUUUCAACCUGAAAACUACAGAAAUGUUUUUUCUUUUUUCUUUUUGAAACCCUGAUUUGGAUUUUUAUCUAUUGGAAAGUAAAGUACUCUUGAUGUAUAACAAUAUUUUUGUUUAUGAGUCCAUAUUGCUUUGUACGCCUUUGUAACAACUCUUCAUGGCCUUGCACAAAAACUAGUGACAAACUAGAACUGGCGUGAUUAAAGUUGAAAAGUGUUUUAGAUUUUAAUCACUUAAAAUUUUCCUUAAUGCUCAUUUUUACUCUUUUUUUGUUCUUGUUGGAAACUUUGUUUCUAAAGUUGUUUUAUAAAGAAUUUUUACAAGAAUGUCAAAAA